UCCCAGUGCCAUCGCUGACGCAGCUCACCUGCGCUGCCUGGUGUUUACAGCCUGGUGCCUGCUGCUUGCUGCGGUAUCUGGCAGUCGCGUCUCCCACCAGUUUCAGGGUCUUACAUCGGGGCGAGAGUGAAGGACCGUGGUCCAGCACGGCUGCAGAAGAAGGAAGAGCGAAGAAGGAAGGAAGCACCAUGUGGCGGCCCGUGUCCCUGCUGAUGGUGCUCGUGGUGCUAGUACGAGCGGCUGGAGGUGGUCUACGCAUAGCUGCCGUGUUUGACGAAGCGGACCCGCCGCAUCUGCGGUCGGCGUACCUCGCGGCCGUGGAGGCCGUCAACCUGCAGACGGCCGGCUACCGGGUUCGCGCCAGCGGCUUCUCCAGGCCCGUCCUGGCGCCGCUCAACGUCACCGUGCCGCGACACGACGGCUUCAGGACCGCCAGGAUCGUGUGCAGGCUGAUGGAGCAGGGCGUGGCGGGUAUCAUCGGCCCCUCGCAGAGCGCCUCCACAGACAUCGUGCGCUCCAUCUGCGACCGGCUGCACGUCCCCCAGUUGGUGCUCAACUGGGACCCCAGUCCGCCGACCGCAGCCUCCUACCAGCUCAACCUGCACCCUGAGUCUCAUCUGCUGUCACAGGCGCUGGUGGACGUGCUGCGCGAGCUGAAGUGGCGGUCGUACACGGUGCUGUACCAGGGCGACGAGUCGCUGGUGCGCCUGCGCAGUGUGCUCCAGGAGAGGGAGCCCCGGGACCCGCCCAUCGCCGUCCGGCAGCUGAGCCCAGACGGCGACCACAGGUCUUUGCUGAAGGAGAUUCGGCAAGCGGGAGAGACUCGUCUGGUGCUGGACGUGGACACGGAGCAGAUCCCAGAGGUGCUGUGGCAGGCCAAUGAAGUCAACCUCAUGGGCCUUUACCAAUCUUUCUUCAUCACCUCACUGGACGCCCUGACUCUGGACCUGUCGCGCCUACGCGGCAGCGGCGCCGGCGCCAACUUCACGCUCCUCAGGAUGGUCCAGCGGGAGCGACUGCUACACAACUCUCCAGCAGAGCUGCGCUCCAGCCGCACGACGGGUGAGGCGCUGAUGCAGGACGCGGUGGACGUGUUGUCCGAGGCUCUGUUCCAUCAGGACUCGGAGCGACCCCUGCACGCUGAGAGCCUCAAGUGCGACGGCCCAGCCUGGAAGCGCGGCCAAGGCGUUCGACAGGCCCUGCACGACAUACAGCACGAGGGAAUCUCUGGAAGCAUCGCGUUCGACGACCUGGGGCGACGCGUGGGCUUCUCGCUGGAAGUGCUCCAGCUGUCUGCUGCUGGAUUCCGGCGCGUCGGCACCUGGACGCCGGCCCAGGGCUUCUCCAGCACCAGGACCAACAAGGAGGACAUGGAGGACACGCGGAGCAUCCUGCAGGGGCGGCACCUCAUCGUCUCGUCCAGGAUUGGCGCGCCGUACCUGAUGAUGAAGAAACCUACGACGCCCCCGCGGGUUGGCAACGACCGCUACGAGGGCUACUCGAUGGACCUGAUCACGAAAAUCGCCGAGCAGCUCCACUUCACGUUCGAGUUCCAGCUCGCCAAAGAUGGCGAGUACGGCAGCCUUAACGAAAAGACCGGCGCCUGGGAUGGACUCGUCGGCGACCUCCUCGCGGGGAGGGCAGAGCUGGCUAUAUGUGACCUUACGAUUACAGAGCUAAGACAAUCGGUUGUGGACUUCACCAUGCCUUUUAUGAAUUUGGGUAUCAGUAUCCUGUACAAGAAGGCUGAGAAGAUGGAACGCAGCCUUUUCUCAUUCAUGGACCCUUUCACCGUUGACGUAUGGAUCUUCGUGGCAACAGCCUUCCUCGGCGUCUCCCUCAUUUUCUACAUAGUGGCAAGGGCGGCGCCAAUGGAGUGGCAGAAGGCAAAUCCUCGCGAUCCCAACUGCAACGAGCUGGAGAACCAGUUCAGCAUGUCCAACAUCCUGUGGUUCACCGGCAGCGCGCUUCUGGGAGGAGGCGGUGAGGAGAUGCCCAAGGCCGUAUCGACACGGAUUAUGGCGGGCAUGUGGGCCUUCUUUAAGCUGAUCAUGCUCGCCUCCUACACGGCCAACCUGGCGGCGUUCCUCACCAGCAGCAGGAUGGAGUCUUCCAUCAACAGCGUCAACGAUCUUGCCAAGCAGAGCAAGAUCAAGUACGGCCUCUACGGUUCGGGUUCCACCGCUGGCUUCUUCAAGAACUCGAACGACAGCCUGUACCAGCGGAUGUGGACCAUCAUGAAGCAAGCACGUCCGAACGUGUUCACCAAUGGCAACGACGAGGGCGUGGAGCGCGUCAGGAAGGAGAAGGGCAAGUACGCCUUCUUCAUGGAGUCCACCAGCAUCGAGUACAUCACGGCGCUCGACUGCAAUCUGCGCAAAGUCGGCGGACUGCUCGACUCCAAAGGCUACGGCAUAGCGCUGCCCAGAGACUCACCCUACCGGACAGCCAUCAGCGGGGCUGUGCUGACGCUGCAGGAGCGAGGCAACCUGACCGCCCUCAAGGAGCUCUGGUGGAAGGCGCCCGAGGGCAAAGAGUGUCCUGCCGAGGAGGAGGGGCCUUCCAGCAGCAACGCCGAGCUGGGCAUCCUCGAUGUGGGGGGCGUCUUCCUCGUGCUGGGCUGCGGUAUGAUCCUCGCCAUGAUCAUCAACGUCCUGGAGUUCCUCUGGAAUUGCCGGACUAUCGCCGUUGAGGAACAGAUCUCGCACUGGGACGCGUUCGUGUCUGAGCUGAAACUGGUGUCGCGCCUCUGCAGCGACGUCAAGCCUGUCCGCAAGAGCCACCUGCCGCAGCUGGAAGGACCGCAGCCACCGGACGUAUGCGGGUAGACGCACGAGGAGCGCGGUGGUGUGCGACCAGAUGAACGCAUUGUUAGUGCAAGUGCUCACAAUCAGUCAAGUCUGUGGUUACUGGCAUUAGA